GCUGUCUUGACCAUGGAUUGGUGUCUCUUUUACGUUCUGUAAUAAAUUGGAACUGUUGAUGUUUUGGAUUGAGUGUUAAUUUAAAUUUUCAGUGUAUGAUCAAAGAGCUUUAAUAAUAUUCUUGAAAUUUGUCAUGUUUACUUUGGGCAACCUAGAUACAUGGGUGUCUGAUUGACUAACGUGCUGGGAAAAAUCCCAAAGGCUCUCCACUGACUUUCCUUGCUUUACUCUGUCAACAUUUUAAAAUUCUUAGCUACUGGAGCUCUUUUCUCUCUUAUUUUUACACUCUACAUAUCACCUUGCUGUUCUUAUGACACCAUGGGCAACUACAGCUCUGCUCUCACUGCGGACAUUGAAGAUUUUGAUGCCAUCGUUUCGGUCACAGAGUCACUGAACCAACUGGCAGCGCAUGUGGCAGAUGAAAGAUUUCAGUCAAAUAUUUUCUUACUAGAGAGAGCUACACAGCCCAACACUGAAUUAAAUGAAGCACAAGAGGGUGAGAAAGAAAAUGCAGAACUGGACCUCUCCUCAGUCAUAUCACUGAUCAGAACUCAUUCAGCACCAACAACGACCCCAGUGCUUCCUGUGGUUGAAAGAAAGUCCCAGUGCAGUCCAGGGUCCACUGGACCCUCUGCUUCUGCAUUACCCCCUGGUGCCACUGCCAGUGUUUCUUCUCACCCCUUCUCCACCCUCCUCCCCGGGGCUCUAUCGGCUGUCUUGCGUGCAACCCUGCCCCCUCACCGCACAUCUGACCCCAAACCCAGGAAGGAGGGGGCUGUCCAGGGCCCGGUGUCUCUGGAACAGCUGCGGACAGAGCUUCUUGACUUGAGGGACGAGGUCGAAAUGAUGAAGAGCCAGCACAACAAAGAGAUUCAACAACUUAUGAAUGAGCUGGAUGAGGAGAAAAGGAUUCGCUUGUCAUUACAGAUGGAGAUAGCACAGAUGAAGAAGCAAAUGUCUAAAAGCCAGAAGCAUCUUUCAAAAUGAAAAAAUCUAUGAAAUCAAAGACGGAACCUGUUGCUAUGUAGUAUGAAAUAUUUACACCCAUCAGAAAAACAAUAGUUGGACUAUUUUCAAAAUGAAAAUAAUUCUGAACAAUCUGUUCAUUGUCUAUUUAAGAACAGUAGAUGAAAAAAUACAAUACAACUACCACUCAUGAGCAUCAUGUACAGAGAGAUUUUAUAUUUGUUUAUGCCUGACCUUUUUUUAUCAAAUAAAAACAAUCAUGUUAUUUAAGUCAA